UCGCAUUACAUCCGGUGUCAUUCUGCUGUUCUCUUCUGGUUACCUGCUGUCUGAAGGGAGAAGAAGCCAGAGAGGUUCAAAUGGAGCCCAAACAGAAGCUGAUCAACUCGGCGGACAGCUGUGUGGACGAGGCUCUCUGCGGCCUGGUGAGGGCCAGCGGCGGCCGGCUGUCUCUGCUGAAGGGCCACAGAGUCGUGCUCCGGUCCGACCUGGACGCCCUGAGGGGCAAAGUGGCCCUGCUGUCUGGAGGGGGGUCAGGACACGAGCCGGCACACGGGGGUUAUCUGGGUGUAGGUAUGCUGUCAGCGGCUGUAGCAGGAGGAGUAUUCGCUUCUCCGCCUCCUGCCAGCAUCCUGGCUGCUAUUCUCUGUUUGCACAAUGCAGGAGCCUCCGGAGUCCUCCUCAUUGUGAAGAACUACACCGGCGACCGCCUCAACUUUGGCUUGGCUGCGGAGCAGGGCCGUAACCACGGCGUCGCCGUUGACAUGGUGAUAGUUGCCGAGGACUGCGCCUUUGACCAACCCAGUAAGGCCGGCAGGAGAGGCUUGUGUGGCACCAUCUUCAUACACAAGCUGGCAGGCGCCCUAGCAGAAGAAGGCUGCUCAUUGGACCAGAUCGUUUCCAAGGUGACCGAGGUGUUGAAGGGGAUCGGUACGCUGGGGGUGAGUCUGUCUCCGUGCAGCGUUCCAGGCUGCCGGCCGUCUUUUGACCUGCCGCCAGGAGACAUGGAGCUGGGACUGGGGAUCCACGGUGAACCUGGAAUCAAAAGGUCAAAGGUGGCAUCUGCAGAUGGAGUGGUGAAGACCAUGAUAGAUCACAUGACCAACCCUGAUAGCCAAUCACAUCUGCCUCUUAAAUCAGGAGACAGCGUGGUCGUGUGUGUGAACAACCUGGGAGCUCUGUCCUGUCUGGAGAUGGCGGUGGUUACCAGGGCGACCAUCAUCUGUCUGGAGAGUCGCGGCGUGGUGGUCGCCAGGGUGAUGUCGGGGUCGUUCAUGACAUCACUGGAGAUGGCGGGUGUGUCGCUGAGCCUGAUGAAGACCGACCAGGAAACACUGAGGCUGUUUGACGCUAAAACCAGCGCCCCCGCCUGGCCAAACCUCAGCAGCGUGUGUGUAAGCGGACGCAGCUACAUCACUGAACCUCCAGCCACGAGCACACAGCCACAGGACGACACUCACUCUGAAGGGCUGCUGAGUCCUGUGAUGCGUAAAGCGUUAGAGAGGGUUUGUUCCACACUGUUGGAGAAGCAGGAGGAACUCAACUCUCUGGACCGCGCUGCAGGUGACGGAGAUUGUGGGAACACUCAUGCUCAGGCUGCUAGAGCCAUUCAGGAUUGGCUCCAGGGUCACGUGGUCCCCGGUUGCCCGGGACAACUGCUCUCAGUCCUCGCUGGAUUGGUGCAGGAGAAGAUGGGCGGGUCUUCAGGAGCGUUGUACAGUCUGUUCCUGACGGCAGCGGCCGGUCAUGUGACUAUGGGGCUGCAGGACAACGCUGCAGCCUGGGCUGGUGCAAUGCAUGCUGGGACCCAGGCCAUGAGGAGAUACGGCGGUGCUGACCCUGGAGACAGAACGAUGUUGGACGCUUUGUGUCCUGCUGUGGAUGAGCUGAUGAAACUGACGACAGCACAACCUGGUGGACAGAUGGAUGUACUUCAGUCUGCUGUGCAGAAAGCGUCCUCGGGGGCGGAGUCGACCCGUCACCUGACAGCGAAGGCGGGGCGAGCCAGCUACAUCGCAGCCGAGCGCGUCACCCUGCCCGACCCCGGCGCCGUGGCUGUCGCCGCCAUCCUGAGAGCCGUGCUGGAGUCGCUGGAAGGGGAGAAGUAAUACAGCAAGUAGAACCAGAGCAGAUAUGAUUAGACUAAUACUACCAAGACAACACUAUGAUGCCUCAAUGACCUCUUUGAAGCACAGAUCAAGUUUGUGAAAGCACAUUUGCAGUAGAUGAACAGAAACUUGGGAAUUGGGUGCCGGAAAGACAGAAAAUCUCUCUAAAAACUGACUGUAUGCUUCGGAAAGUGAUGUGAAGUAUACUCAAGAUUUAGUAAAUGGUCAAAAACAAGAAGAAAUAAAAACACUGUUAUGGUCGUUUAAAUUUGAUUAACAGGCUCAGAAAUACUGAAAAUCCAGUCACAGUUUAGCAAGACUUGAAUGAAUUAGUGUUAUUAUUGAUUUUUUGCAACCAGAAGUGUUUUUUUAUGUUCCACUGUGUAGCAAACGCUGUUCAUGGAUUAAAUGCACUUUCUUGAUACAACAGUGUUAAUUCUAACUAAUAAAAUAAUUAUUAAACUGUUUAUAAAACACUAAA